AUGAACAAUAACACCGGAUGGAAAACAAUACCAUAUAUACCAGGAAAUAUACAAAACAUGAUCGAAUAUUUAAUCACAACAACACCAACACCCACGGCAACAGCAACACCAUAUUAUCAACAUGGGUUAGCAGUGGCAGUGGGACUACUUGGCAUAACCACAAUUACGUCAAUUAUCUUCUAUGGCAAAUUAAUAGGUAAAGUGAAAAAGACAUCAACAGCCGAAAUGAUUGCGAUGCCACCAAUUUGA